AUGUCUGGCCGUGUUCGAGUUCGUGAUAAGAGCUCUGGUACAGAGGGUACAUGUGCCAAUAGGUUGUCCGAACGACCAAUGAUCUUAUUGUGGGUAUUUACAUGUACUUCAGUGCUUGUGUUCUCGCUGCAGCUCAAAGGAACACCUUACCUCAGUGUGACUAACAACCAGUCUGACUCUCUGGAACUAUCGGUGUCAGUGAGCGAAGGACCGCCGAGCGCACGUGGAGAACUUCGACCUUACUGUGACGGAAUGAUGGACUACUUUGAGGAAAAGGCAUUGGAAAAUGCCAUCGCACAAGCAAGACUAUUCCACACUCAAGGUGGAAACUUGAAAUCUGUGCAAAAUCUCUUGGACGGGAAUAUUGAUGCCACACUGAAAAAACUGGGUGCCACCUUUAUUCCCAAAGGAAUGACUGAAGAACAAGGAACACAAGAUGUUACCCAAUAUCUCAAGUCCUAUUAUGCUCAGAACUAUGACCCUCGAGGAGGCUAUGGACGUCCACUUCCUGGAGAGUACAAACCAAAAAACCACCCAUUGAUUCAUGAAGGACGUUUAUUGGAGGUUGCAGAUCCAAUUGGCACCAUUGAACGAUGGGAUUAUUCUCUGGGACCAAAGGAUUUGGAGUGUCCGAACUUGCUCAGAAUGGGGGAAAGGGGGAAAGAUGGCACCAAAUGGUACUGCCAGCCCAUGCAAACAAAGAAAAAUGAAACCAACAAGCAUAUCCGUCGUUUGUCAGCAAUGGACAAAGACAGUAGCAGGAAGAAUGAUUGCCACAUAAUCAGUAUUGGCGGAAAUGACAAUUGGAUGUUCGAGCUGGAAGUAGUCACAGUCAUGCCUGGAUGCAUUACCCACACCUUUGACUGCACCCUUCGGAAUGGUACACCCAAGAGAAAACCAGACAGAGAUGACAUUCGAUUCUACAACUACUGCAUCGAUGGAGUGGAGCGAAAGGAUGAACACGGACGGCAUUUCAUUACCUACUUUGACAUUGUCCAAAAGGCUCAACUUCAGGCACCACCCAUCAUGUUUAAAAUUGAUGUGGAAGGAUUUGAGUUUGAUGUCUUUUCAUCUAUGAUUCAACAAGCCAACAGCAAUGAUGAAAUCACAAUUAUCUCAAAGACCAGUGAUGGAGCAAAAGCACACCAUCCACCUUCCUAUUGGCUGCCUCAACAAAUUAUGGUAGAACUCCAUUGGGCAACUCGAAUGACUGGUAUCAGCUGGAUGCCAAGGACACGAACUACUGCCGAAAUUGCUCUGCUCUCAGGCAUGAUGUAUACAGGAGGAGGAUACAUGCCAAUCUUUCGAAAUUGGAUAAAGUAUUGUCCAUCCUGCAUGGAGGUCCUCUACUUCAGAACACUCUGCUAG